AUGUCUCAGACACGGGAAGUGCUACUUAUAGGAGAGGGUAAUUUCUCUUUCUCGGUCGCCCUGUGCCAGUCUGCCGCGGAUCCUGUUAAUGUCACAGCCACAUGCUUCCAGACCGAAGAUGAAGCGUUAAAACAGGACUGUGCAGCACAGAACAUAGAACGCCUCCGAUACUGCGGGUCGAGGGUGCUCUUUCAAGUGGACUGCACAAGACUCAGAGAAAAUGAGGACCUUAAGCAUCAACUGUAUGACUGUAUCAUCUUCAAUUUCCCUCACUGUGGUCGCAAGAGCGGAGUAAAGAAGAACCGCAGCUUACUGGCCAAAUUUUUUCUGAACUGUGCUGAGAUCCUAAAGGAGAAUGGAGAAGUUCACGUGGCCUUGUGCAAUGGGCAAGGUGGCACUCCAGUUGACAAUCCAAUAAGAGAGUGGCACAAUAGCUGGCAAGUUGUUGCCAUGGCAGCUGAAGCAGGACUCAUCCUCAGUGAGGUCCGCCCCUUUGAUCAAGACAAAUAUCAAGGCUAUAAAUGUACAGGUUACAGGAGUCAAGACCAUGGUUUUCAUGUGGAAGGAGCACUGAACCACAUCUUUACACGAAGUCUCCCAUAUGCCUUGCCUCAGAGACUGAAAAUGGAGGCCAAAGUUGGGAAGGAGACCAUUGUUUUUGAGCUACCUGAGGAGUUAGGUGAAUUUGUGAACAGGAAUUUCCUUGGUCCGCAUUCACAUCAUCCCGUACAGCUGGUACAGGAUCAGCUGCUGAGAGAGCUGAAAUCGGCCUGGCCCGUAAACAAAGUGAGCGGAGACUUCCCAGAGCUGGUGAGCUGUUCCCCAGACAAGUUACACGUUUUUGGCCCUAAUGUGACAACCACAGAGAUAUACUGGAUAAAACCAACAGAAACCCUCAACCACAGCCAAAGUGAGGAUGGAGGAGACAACUGUGAGCCCAUUGAGGACCAGCAUGCUCCCAGUGGCAGUUAUGGGUUACGUCCAUCUUUGCUCAUGCAUGUACAAGACAUAUUGCAGCAUGAGGACUUCAGCCCCGGUACUCUGCACGCUCUCAGUGGUCUAGUCUUUCAGAAGACUCCCAUUUCCGCCAGUCUUUCUCCCGUUUACCACCAGCUCCUCCUCGUUGGGGUGUUUCGCUCAGAAACUCAGCCGCUUCGGUGUCUUCACGAUUGCUUGGAGGCGCUGCUGUCCGCUCACGGGGUGUCUUUCCAGUUGGAACAAGGUGGAGAACAACAGCAAGCAUGGAUGAACUCAAAGACGCUGGCUAAGUUUGGUCGACUAGCCUCUCUCCCGGUUCCUGGAUGCGUCCCAGAGGAAGCUCUCCAGCUGUGUGUGGUCUCAAUGAACUUAGACCACCUAGCGGCGCUGAUCUUCUCCAUCUCGGACUGGCGCUUGCUGUGGACUCCUGACCCUCGACUCCUGUUGCACUUCGAGCUAAAUCCGCAAGGCCCUUUCCGCCCUUUCUCCCUUUAUUCGCCGAGCUAUUCGCACGACAUCAGUUUUUGGAUGGAGCCGGACAGCUUUGACGAACUGGAGUUUCACACUGUGGUGCGGCAAGCCACCGCUGGUACUGUGAGGGACGUGGUUCUAGUGGACCGCUUCCGACACCCGCACAUGGGCCAUGCUAGCCUUUGCUACCGGUUGACCUACCAGUCGCCAGACCGCGCGCUCUCGCAUAGCCAGGCCCUAUGCUUACAGAAUAAGCUGCGCAGGCUGCUGCCACUACGUCUGCAGGUCACUCUCAGGUAG